CUACAGUUAGGAAGAGGAAACCAGUUCCCCCACCUCGCAGGAAGAACAUGAGAAAAGAGAAAGCAAAACUGUUUAGGAGUCUGUCUGACCAGCAGUAAUCAACCUUAGUUUAAAAUACUCAGUUCUGACAUCUUAUCAUGGCGUGCAUUUAUGGAGACAUCACGAAAAUAGACACAACUGGAGCAUCACAAGCAACAGCCAAACAGGACAAAUUAACUGUAACAGGUGUUGAAGCCUCUAAAAAACUGGCUGAGAAUGAUCUGAACCGAAUGGAGAAAUACAAGAGUAAAAUCAUUAAUGUUGGUAAAGCAAAGCAAAUGGACCCAGCUGUGAUCGCUGCCAUCAUAUCCAGAGAGUCCAGAGCUGGAGCUGCACUGAAGGAUGGGUGGGGUGAUCAUGGCAAUGGUUUCGGGCUCAUGCAGGUUGACAAACGGCAUCACGUUCCUGUUGGUGCCUGGGACAGUGAAGAGCAUCUUAAACAAGGAACUGAUAUACUUAUUAGCUCUAUUCAACAAAUUAAAGCAAAAUUUCCCCAGUGGACAAAAGAGCAAUGUUUUAAAGGAGGAAUAUCAGCUUACAAUGCAGGUGUGGGGAAUGUGCGCUCAUAUGACCGCAUGGACAUCGGCACCACAGGAAACGACUACGCUAAUGAUGUUGUUGCCAGAGCCCAGUGGUAUAAAUGCAAGGGUUACUGAACAACAACUGCUACUGACCCAUAAAAGUUAACUUACUUUGAUCGUAAGUUUUAUAUCUUUGACAUAAUAGGAUUUUGUUUAGAAAAUAGUAAAUCACAAAAAAUGACAUUCACAGGUAUGGGAUCAUAUUACAGAGAUCUUUAAUCCUGCUUCUAGAGAUAAAUUGUGUGUCUUAAUUAGUUCCCUAGGUCAAAUCACUACAAGUCCUCGUGCCUGUCGCGUGGUUACCACUGCUGUUUAUCAACAGACAGAUGCAUAAGAUUAUGCUGCAUAACGUACAUUAUAAAAAUACUUGACUGUAUCUUUGUUUGUAUGUGUGUUUAUGUUGAAAUGUAAUUAAAUAAAGGUUUUUCUCAAA